ACACACACACACACACACACACACACACACACACACACACACACACACACACACACUAAACACACCCACAUUCUGUAUCUACCCCUGUGUUUUGAGACCACUCUCAACUCUAAACACUAUAGCUGACAUGUGAUUUCUGGAAUGAUGUUGUAGACUACUAGUGUACUGGGGCAGUCGAGGUGGAUUAAGGUUUCCAUAAAAGAGGAUAGACAACAUUCAUCCUUUCAGAACAUCAUAAAGGAGAGGAACAUGGUGGAGUUGGGGAACUGAGUGGACAGAACAAGAGGAAGAAUCCAGUCUCAUCUAAUUUGAUAAAUACAACACAGAUUUAUUGGAUAACUAAAACCAUUUCCCCUGUGGUAAAAUCUUCAGGCUUAAAUUCAUAUUGUCGUCAUAGGAUAUCUCUGUAAUUUCAUGAACGACAGAGAGGUCAUAUGUCAAGAAUGCCGUCGUUAGUGUUGAAAUGCAUUCUGCUGUGUGCCCUAAUGCAUGCAACGGUGUUUUCCUGUAUGCUGAAGAAUCACACCUUAUGGAUUGAAAGGCAAGACUGCGGCCAGUGUAUGGCAAUCAACACAACCAUUUGCAGCGGCUACUGUUACACACAGGACACCAAUUUGAAAGGAAGGUUUGGGAGGAUUUUCCUGAUCCAGCGCAGCUGUGUGCCUCUGUCUCUGGUGUACCGAGCCGUCCAUGUGCCGGGCUGCCCUCCGGAUGUUAACUCACAGCUGUAUUAUCCUGAGGCAAAGCGCUGCAGCUGCAGGCGCUGCAACACGCGCACACACCACUGUGUCCGCACCAGCCGGGUCUCUAAUGACCGAUGCAACGUGACCCUGGUCGGUGUGAAGAACCAGACCCAGCCUGCUGUGGAAACUUGACAAUAUGCUUACACAUGCAAUGCACAUGCAUGCCAAAUGACACAGCCGAUGGACGAAUGUUUAUUUGUAUUUUGUGAAACUCAGCUCUUCAGCUGUUUAUGG